UGGCCCCGGCCUCCGCUUCCGUUGCCGGAAGCGGCGCGAUGGAGCUGGAGUCAUCGCUGGAGGCGAGCUUCACGGCCAGCGGCGGAGGCGCGGGGCUGCCCCCGGCCCGCUCCCGCAUCUUCAAGAUCAUCGUGAUCGGGGAUUCCAACGUGGGCAAGACGUGCCUGACGUACCGCUUCUGCGCCGGCCGCUUCCCGGACCGCACCGAGGCCACCAUCGGCGUGGACUUCCGCGAGCGCGCGGUGGACAUCGACGGCGAGCGCAUCAAGAUACAAUUAUGGGACACAGCAGGGCAAGAACGGUUCAGAAAAAGCAUGGUACAGCACUACUAUAGGAAUGUACAUGCUGUUGUCUUUGUGUAUGAUAUGACCAACAUGGCCAGUUUUCGCAGCCUGCCGUCAUGGAUAGAAGAAUGCAAACAACAUUUGCUUGCUAGUGAUAUACCAAGGAUUCUGGUUGGAAAUAAAUGUGACUUGAGAAGUGCCAUUCAAGUUCCUACAGAUUUGGCCCAAAAAUUUGCUGACACACACUCUAUGCCACUGUUUGAAACCUCUGCUAAAAAUCCCAAUGAUAAUGACCAUGUGGAAGCUAUAUUCAUGACCUUAGCUCAUAAGCUCAAAAGCCACAAACCUCUAAUGCUUAGUCAACCAGCUGAUGAUGGAAUUGUUUUGAAGCCUGAACCAAAACCUACAAUGACCUGCUGGUGUUAAAUAACAGUAUUUUAAAAGUUAAUCUCUUGACUUGUUGAAAAGAUGCUUUUUAAGUAUACAGUAAGUCCCAAGUUUUAGUUACAAGUAUAUUAGAUCAUCUUAGCACUUUAAUGUUUGUCUUGUAAGUGGAAGUCAAGUCAUUCAUUCAUUUCUUUGCACUUUCUAUACAACUUAAUGAAAUUUUGUCACUUUGGUUGCAUGGAGAAGAAGGCGGGGACAAAGAAACUCAAGUAAAGUUUUGAGGUUGAGCAAGUAGAAAUAAUCAGUUCCUCUGAGCUCAUUUUUUUAUUUGAAUCAUUGUGAUAUAUGUUUUCAUUAUAGAGUUGAAAUGAAGCAAGGCCAGGAGGAAUAAGAUAAUCUUCCUUCUAAGCCAAGAAAGGUUAGUGGUGCCUCAAAUAGAUGAAAAUGAAGGAAUUUUAAGAAUCUUCAAUUAAAUUAUUUUAAAUGGAUCAUUGUCUAGCAGCCAAAGGUUUUAUGUGAUGAAAAUCUUCAAGGGAAUUAGAGUAACUCUUUUACUGGAAUAUAAUUUGAAUGUGAUAUGUUCUGUCAGCUUAAAAAGGGUGAAGCCCCAAUUUUUGUUUGUUUCUGCACCUUACAGAAUUUUUUAAAAAUCCUGUUUUAAACAUUAUGUCAAGUAUCUGUGAUUUUUUUCAGUGAGGAAACUCCUUCCACUUUCAUAGAUUGCAGCCUGUCUGAAAUUUAUGAAGCACGUAGCUAUCCUAAAUCCUUAUACCUUGAAAUAGCUUUAUUAUUAAGUUAUAAUAAUCCUAUAAUUUGUAUUAUUAAAUUACAUUUUAGAGCCAAGGGUUUGGUCCAGAAAUCUGGGAAGGAGAGGAAUGUUCCCAGGAUUCUCAUCCAGGCUUGAUGUCGUAAAGGAUAUGAGUCUUUCAAUAUUACUUGACCACUUGGUGCCUCAACCAUUGUAGAUCAAUUUUAUCAAAAAAAAAUUUUAAAUAACAAGCUUUAUUUUAAUUUUGGUCCUAGAUUAAUUAUUUUAAAUAGAUAAUGUGAAAGGUCGAUUUUAAACUUUGCUACAUAAUGAGAUUUUUUUUUUGGUUGAGCUCUUGUUUGGCCAGUUUAAAAAGGAAAAUAUACUUGAAAGUUUUUGCAGUGCAUGUCAGAAACUACAUGUAAUUGAAGAAAAAAAAAAGACUAAAUCUGAAGUCUAGCUACCACAGGAAGACUAUGCCUUAGCUAUUAGUGAUUUUCAAGUUUGUUUUUUGGAAUGUUAUCUCCUGCCAGAAACUUCAAUUUAAUAACUGAAGGCUUCUAUAUGAAGACUAAGGAAGUCAUCAAUUGCCAAUCCAGCUAUAGUUCUUUGUACCCUUUAGCUCAACUUCUAUGAUUCCAAGUGUACUUAUAUAAUAGUACUUUGCUGUGGGUGUAGUAUUUUAAAAGGAAAAACACUGUCUUUAAAGAUUCUGUCACAGCAGCUCUAUUUCACUCUAAGAAAUAAAUUGAUAUUUAGGAGAAAAAAAUUAUAUCUCUCAGUAGUGGACAAAAUAAUACAAAUCUUUUUCCUAAGUUUGCACACACAACUAUUAUGAAAAAGGGAAUUAAGCCAUGGGAUUUAAUUGAGUACGUAAGUUUAAUGAUUUUUAUAUAAUAUAGCCAUUGUUGAUAAAUUUCAAGAACACAUUAAAUAAAUGGACAAAUUGUGCUUUUGUUAAUGUCCAAGACACGUGGAAAGAAAUUAAACAUUCAGCUAGUUUAGGGCUUUUUAAAAAAUUUAUCAUAAUGGUAAUCUUAUGAGGAUUAUUUAAUUAUAAAAGCAUAAUUAUUAACUGAAGUAUGGAAAAUAGAACAGGAAAUAAUUAUUCCAUUUUAAAUUACUAUGGCUUAAGGGAAAAUAAAUUGGUUUUAUUCUUGUUUAGGAAGAAGAAUCAAUUUUCUUUAAUCAUACUAGAUUAAAGAUUGAUGAUUUCCUCCUAAAUUGAAAAUUGUAAUUGUCUUUGUAAUAGUGCUAUGAUAACAAUGAGAGCAAUUAUUUGGGUAAUAAUUUUUAAAGAAGGGAACCGUAUUUCUCUUUAUUGCCUUCCCUAGCUUUUUUUUUUUUUUUUUUUGUUAAUGUAGGGGCAAUGAAGAGAUGGAGGAAAUGGUUUACAAACUUUCUAAGGACAUUCUACAUUUUUCCAACAUUUUUAUUGCUGGUUUAAAAAGUAAUUUAACUAGUUUCUUGAGUAAAAAGUUACAAAUGUGCUUUAAUUCUUUAAAGGAUUUAUUUUUGACAGCAUAUUAAUUUCAAAAUAAUCUUGUUUAUAUCCAUUUUUUAAAUUUUUUUAUGUUUUUUUAUAUUAAAAAAUGUUACUUAUUAGUUGAAUUGGGGUAAAGCUUUCCAACAUCAGCCAAAAGAACUAUAUGAAAACAUUUCUUUGAAUGUUGGGAAACGGCUUCUAGUGAAUCAUUAACCAUGAUGUAUUAAAACCUGUAAGCACAGAUCCUGCAUCUUAUGAAUUUAUGGUUUAUAGUUACUUUAACUGUAUUCUGCAGUUUCUUAUUUCAGAUGUUUUCAAAUAGUUGUUAUUUAGGAAGUUCCAGUAUGGGACAUUAAUCCAGAAUCUAAUAAAGUCGGUCAGUAGCAGUGUUUUACUCAAAAGCAUAUUUUGUAUAGCUUUCUCCCAACAAACUAAAAUUAAAGUCAAAUAAUUUUAUUUUAGAAUAGUAUCACUGCCUAUUCUCCCUAUUCACUUUCCCUAUUCCAGUUGCCCCCAAGCCUAAUAAAUAAGCUUUGCCACAAAUGAAAAUAGGGUGUUCUGUUUUGUUCAUUAUGUGGUUGUUGGUGUUAUUGUAAUAUUAUGGUACAUCAGAUAGGGAAUUUUCCAUAUAGUCUGAGCUUCAAGUGGUAUUUAAUAAAUUAUGAAUGCCAACCCAUUUAGAACUUAAUUCCUUCAACACUCCUGGAGUGACAGGUGGAUUCUUUCUAUUUUCACGUUGCCAUCUUGUUCUAAUGUGUCUGGGCUAUUUUCUUUAAUGAUUUUUUGAAAUCUGAUAUACAGUUUUUCUUUUU